AGAAACAGAAAAGGAGAAGCAGUUUACACAAGCCAUCAGUGCAGUUCUCACACUUACACACUUUAGUCAAACUUCGGUGGUAAAAAUAUUUUGAGUUUGUCUUUAAAGAGGAGCCUGAGAUGACUUUGGACGAUGAGAACCAACCUGAUGCUUCAUCCAGGGAAAAAAAACUCUACGGACUGGUUGUUGUGAGCUUUGGACUCCUGUGUGUCCUACAAGCUGCUCUCAAUAUUUCCCUGCGUCUUGCUCUCUAUAAUUCUGAAAGUAAGACAACAGGUAUUGAGGCCGGAUGCAAAAACCUGACUGAAGAAAGGGACGAGUUGAAGAAGAAUCUGACUGACUUUGACAGGAAGGAACUAGACACUGAGGCCAGAUUUAUAACCCUUUCUAAGGAGCGAGAUGAGCUGAAGAUGCUGCUGAUUGACGUUGUCGAAGGUAACUAUUCCCAACAAGAAUGGGUGUAUUUCAAUGGUAGUGUCUAUUACAUUUCUUCAAUCAAGAAAACAUGGAAAGCCAGUAGAGAUGACUGUCUGAAAAAAGGUGCUGACCUGAUGAUUAUCAACAGCGAAGAAGAGCAGGAUUUCACAAGACAAUUGAAGGAUAACAUGUGGAUUGGACUGACUGACAGUGAGACAGAGGGGACGUGGAAAUGGGUUGAUGGGACUCCACUGACCACAAGCUACUGGAUGGAUGGUGAGCCUAACAACUAUGACCUUAAAGAAGACUGUGUAGAAGUAAGAUACCAUGAAAAGGAAAACAGCUGGAAUGAUAAACCAUGUGAUCUUCCAAACUUCUGGAUCUGUGAAAAGAAAGUGUCUCUGUUUGUCUAUAAAGAGGAAUCAGAGAUCACUAUUGAAUUUGGAAACAUCCCUGAUGCUUCAGCCAGGAGAGUUGCUUUGAAGAGUUACUCAGGUGAAGGUGGUGAAGUGGCUACUGCAGUGACUGGAGGAAAACUCCUUGGAUUCGUUGCUGUGAUUGCUGUGAGCUUUUCUCUCUUGUGUAUCCUACAAGCUGCUCUAAACAUUUCCUUGCGUCUUGCUCUGUCCUCUCCACCAGGUACUGAUGCCAGCUGUAAAAAUUUGACUGAGGAGAGAGACAAUAUGAAGAAGAUCAACUUGGGUAUUGAGGCGAGUUAUAAACACCUGACUGCAGAGAGAGACGAGCUGAAGAAGCAGCUGAAUAAUUCUGCUUUACAGCUGAAUUCCCUGACUGCAGAGAGAGACAAGCUGAAGAAGCAGCUGAAUAAUUCUGUUCACUAUUCCCAAGAAGGAUGGAGGUAUUUCUAUGGUAGUUUCUAUUAUAUUUCUUCAAUCAAGAGAACCUGGGAAGCCAGUAGAGAUGACUGUCUGCAAAAAGGUGCUGAACUGGUGAUCAUCAACAGCCAAGAAGAACAGGAAUUCAUAAGACAAUAUAAAAAGUCAGCGUGGAUCGGACUGACUGACAGAGUGACAGAGGGGGUAUGGAAAUGGGUGGAUGGUACACCGCUGACAACAAGCUUUUGGCGCUCCGGGGAACCGAACAAUUAUUAUGGCAGAAAUGAAGACUGUGUAGAAAUAACAAACAAUGGCGGCUGGAAUGAUUUAGUAUGUGAAAAUGAAAUAAAUUGGAUCUGUGAAAAGAAAAUGGCUCCACUACCAUGGGAGAGAUGAUGUAUUAACCACGUUCAGCUAAACUGUAAAGACUGUGUGGUAUCUGAAGGCUUAUAAAUUUAAAUUACAUUCUGUUAUAAGUUCAAAUGAUAUAUGUCAACAUAUGUAGUGUUAGUAGUAUAUGGUUAAAUGACUAAUUCUUACUAUGGAAUAUUUAUGGCUUUACAAUGGCCUCUGGCCUCAACUGUUUAUGGCUUAAUCCUCUACUGUUUGUGGUUGAAGGGCAUUUGACCUUUACUUGAUAACCCCCACCUCCCCUUAUCAUCUUAAACAUUUGGAUUGGAACCAGUUGUUUCUUUUGAUCUUUUGGAGUAAAACUGACCUAUAUAAACCCGUGUUCAAGGUGAAUUAGACAGAGCUGUUCAUUUGGCAGGAUGCUCUCCAAGCUCCCGGGGCUUGAAAUGAUGCUGUAUCUUUUUUGUAAUAAACCUUUUUUAUAUACAAUCAA